GCUGCGGUUCCUCUCUUGGUGGCAUCAGGAACCCACUCGUCUUUGGGGAGGGUGGGGCAGGAGUCCCACUAGGAGCUAAAGCGAAGCAGACCAAACCUCUGCAAACCACCGUGGACUCACGGUUUCCACCGCAGGGUAAGCCCACGGGACCGGGUCCUUCUUCACUUCGUGUCUCUGUGGGCAUGAUCCCUCCCUCCCUGCCCGCGGGGCCGUCGUGGGGCGCCCCGGUCCCGCGGGGUCAUCCCCGGCCGUGGCUGGGGGCCGAGCUUGGCUACGCGUAGGGAUGAGACGGCUCCCGGCGCCGUGAUCUGCCGGCAGGGCGUGAGAGCGAGCGGUGCGGGAGCGCGGAGGCCGGCGAGAGGGAGGGGAGACGGAGCGCAGGGAGCGCCAGGCAGCGCACACCCACUCGCAGCUCGAGCCCUGGCGGCAGCGGCGGCGCCCGGAGGCAGCCUCUCGGCCGCGCCCUUGCCCGAGACAGCGCGUCCACCCGGCCCAGCUCCCGGCCGGCCACUGAGCAUGGAGGAUUCCCGGGAGACGUCGCCGUGCUCCAACAACUCCUCGGAGGAGCUGAGCUCUGCCCUGCGGCUGUCCAAGGGCAUGUCCAUCUUCCUCGACAUACUGAGGAGAGCAGACAAAAAUGAUGAUGGAAAAUUAUCCUUUGAAGAAUUCAAAGCCUAUUUUGCGGAUGGCGUUCUCAGUGGAGAAGAAUUACAUGAGCUCUUCCAUACCAUCGAUACCCAUAAUACUAACAAUCUUGACACAGAGGAACUAUGCGAAUAUUUUUCUCAGCACUUGGGCGAGUAUGAGAAUGUACUAGCAGCACUUGAAGAUCUCAAUCUUUCCAUCUUAAAGGCAAUGGGAAAAACAAAGAAAGACUACCAAGAAGCCUCCAAUCUGGAACAAUUUGUAACUCGAUUUUUAUUGAAGGAGACUAUGAAUCAGCUGCAGUCUCUCCAGAAUUCCUUGGAAUGUGCCAUGGAAACUACAGAGGAGCAAACUCGCCAAGAAAGGCAAGGGCCGACCAAGCCAGAAGUCCUGUCAAUCCAGUGGCCUGGAAAACGAUCAAGCCGCCGAGUCCAGAGGCACAACAGCUUCUCCCCGAACAGCCCUCAGUUUAAUGUCAGUGGUCCAGGCUUGCUGGAGGAAGACAACCAGUGGAUGACCCAGAUAAACAGACUCCAGAAAUUAAUUGACAGGCUGGAAAAGAAGGAUCUCAAACUUGAACCACUAGAAGAAGAAGUUAUUGAAGGAAACACUAAAUCUCACAUCAUGCUGGUGCAGCGUCAGAUGUCGGUGAUAGAAGAGGAUUUGGAAGAAUUCCAGCUUGCCCUGAAACACUACGUGGAGAGUGCUUCCUCCCAGAGUGGAUGCCUGCGCAUUUCUAUACAGAAACAUUCAAAUGAAUCUCGCUACAUGAUUUACGAGUUCUGGGAGAAUAGUAGUGUGUGGAAUAGCCACCUCCAGACGAAUUAUAGCAAGACAUUCCAAAGAAGUAAUGUGGAUUUCUUGGAAACUCCAGAACUCACAUCCACUAUGCUUGUUCCUGCUUCAUGGUGGAUCCUGAACAACAAUUAGAUGUUCCUAGGAUAUUUUCUUUAUGGUCCCAAGUACAAAACAAAUGUUCUUAUCUAAAAUGUCAAACAGAACAAUUUGUGUGGUUGUUAACUUACUGUAUACUUCUGUUUAAUGCAUUUACUCUAAGUGCAGUAAAAUGUAUUCUGUAUCUUUACCAGUCAUGUGAAGUUGUCUUACCUUUCAAAGUUCACUUUCCCAAUAUUUGCUGCUCAUUGUUUUGCUACAUUGUAACCAAAUUCCUAGUAUAUGAAAAAAGUGUAUGCAUAAAGGAAUCACAUUGUGAAAAAAUGAUAAAAAUAUUUAAACUGCAAAUUUUGAGAAUAUUACUAUUUAGGACAGGUUUUGUAGACUGUCAUAUACUAUACAAAGGUUAAAUCGGUGUAUUGUGAUUUUUAAAUAACGAUUUUCUGCAAGUGAAACUUAUUCUUUAAUAAUGUCUGUUCAUUCCCAACUCAGGAUCCUAAGUCUAUUCUCUACAUUACUUAAAAGAUUAGUACAAAGGCAUAAAACAGCCUUGGCUAUCACCUAUAGAAUCUCUGCCCAUCUGUUAGCUUAUAAAAUGAGUUUCACAAGUGAAUAAUUCUGUGACAAGUUAGGAUACCAUUUACUAAUGUAAUAUCAUUAUAUCAUCAGUUAGCACUUAAUUCCCCUUACAUUAAACAUGAAAAAGUUUCACUUCGUGGAAAUCUUGUUCAAAUUUUAUAACAUGGAUUCCAUUUGUGUUCUAGAGACCUAACUUUUCUUAUAAAAUAUAGACAUCUGCAUUUAAGAAUUUCAAAAUAUUUUUAAAAUAAAAGUUUAACCCAAAUGAAUAUGAGGAAGUUUCAAAAAGCACAAAACAUUAGAGUAGUAAUAAAAUUGGGAAAGAACUGGGCAGAAGAUAUCUAUUUUCCAGUUUCAACACUAGAAUGACAAACUAUGUACUUAUAUUCCCUUCUCUACAAGCUCUUAAAUUGUUUUUAAUAAUAAAAAUUUUUCUGGUUAUAAGUUCUGCUAAUGAAAAAAUAUAUAUAGAAAUGUGUCACUAUAGGAGUCCAACUGCUUUUUUCAUUCUUUGAAAACUCAAUAGAAAAGGGAGUUUCUUUUACAUAAAAUCUGACAAAUAUUAUCAGGCUAGUUUAUGCAACAUUAACUUUUACUAAUACCUCUGUAUACCCACAGUCCUCCAUCUAAAUAACAUUUAAAAUUUUUAAUAAUUUCUAUGUAACAUAAAUUUUGACAUACACAUCCAUAUCAAGUAUAUAUAUCAUAUUGAGAUGUGUGUUUGCGUGCCUCUGGUCAACUCAGACAAGCACUCUCAACACCUGGCUGGACUUUUAAUUUAUAAGCAAAGAAAAAUAUUAAUGGAGAAAUACAAAGGCAAACAUAACACACAGUUUUUGUGGUUACAUAUAAGGAUGAAAAGACUAAAACCUAAAGGACUUUUGACAAAUUGUUUUUGAAAUCAUUUAUAUCCAGCAUUUCCUAAGAUACAUAGCUCCAGUCUGUCCAUUUCAAUAUCCAAUUCAAAAAGUAUUUGGGCUAUGAAGCAGUUUCUGAAGAAGCAUAACAGUAUGGUUUUAAAAGGGUUCUGCCCUCAGUAACAGUGCUAAAUUUAAUUUGGUAUCUAGAGAGCCAUUCCAUUAAGUUCUAUCACAGUCUUAUACUAGAAUCAAAAGGACCUGGUGAUAGAUUUAAUGAUGUAAUUCUGAUCUUAGCUCUUAUAUAGUUUAUCAUGUAUGUGAGAGUGUAUGUAUUCACAUACAUAUUAUAAUAUAAAAGAAAAAUAGAGCAAAAACAAAUAAACUGGGCCCUAAGUAUAAAUAGUUCCUUUUAAAAUAGAAAAAAAAUUCAGUAACUUCAUAAAUUUAUUGCUUAUUUUAAAAACAAUCCAUUUUUCUGAGGGAAUAAAGCACUAAAAAAGAGGGAGUGGGUACUGAAAGACAAAGAUGGGAAAUCAUGGACUAAACACUUGAAAUCUGGCUAACAGAUUCAAAACCCAGGGAAGAUAAAAAAAAAAAAAGGCAGGCA